CCCUCUGAAACGAAAGAAUACCCGUCGUCCUCUUUGCCAGUCCUCUUCUGCCGUUAGAUUCCGGUUGUGGCCGCACGCUGAGUUGUCAACGGGCCAUAAAACAUCAAAUAAAGCUCAAAUUACUCUUGUCCUGUCCCUGAAACGCCCCGCCUCAGAGAAGAGAGAUGGACCAAAGUCGUCAGCAGAAAGGGGCUCCUCACAAUGCUGGGCCAGCUGGGUCUCGAUCUGUGGAGCGAGGAAUCAUCAGCGGAGACAACCUCCAGUUUGGCAGGGUGCGACGCCGCUCCCACCUGUCCCAGUCUGAGAGUUCAGGCGCUGAAGAAGAGCGACUGGGCUCCUCUGUGGAGGCGGGUUGCUCCUACGGUCGCAGUCCCGUCCUGCAGGCCAUGCAAGCCGAAAGCCCCGGUCAAGGGCAGCUGGCCUCCAGCGGCAGUGGACCACCCUCCUUCUCUCCACGGAGCCCCAACGCUAGAGGUCCUGUCGGUGUGCACUCCAGACGCACCAAUGGUCAAAAGCAAGACGAGGGUCACACCAUCCCCACUGUGAAGGCGUCAGGUACUCCCCACCGUCACGUCAGCGGAGGACGCCACCGCACCUCCUCGGAGUCUGAUCAAGGAGGGAAAGGCAGCAAAGGGCCACACCCAAAGAAGAGGGGCCCGCCCGAGAUGAAAAACAAGCCCAGUACCAGCAUGAGUGGACUUCAGUGCCUCGCCACAGAGAACAUCUGGUUUGACAAACAUCGCUACGAUGAGGCGGAGAAGCAUUUCUAUGAGGGAGCAAACGGCCCGGUCACUCAGCACCAACAACAGGUGAAAGCAACACCGCCACCGCCGCAGCAGCAGCAGGCCAAAGGUCGCCAGCAGAAGCGGCAGCACAGAAAUUCGUCCUCCAGUGGCGCCGGAGAGCAGGAGUUGGUUUCCCGCAUGAAGAGUCUGGAGCUGGAGAACCAAACUCUCCACAAAGUGGUGGAGGAGAUGAGAGCCGCUCUCCAGAAGUUGGAGUCCAGAGUGUUUGUCCUGGAAAAAUCACCAGCUGCUGCUCCGUGUGCUCAGGUCGCACCGGUCCAGGCCGCUUCAGUCAAACAGGUCAAGGUGGAAAAUGGAGAUGACGACGACUUGGACUUGUUCGGCAGUGACGAGGAAGAUGAGGAGGCAGAGCGCAUCAAGCAGGAGCGCCUGGAGGCUUACGCCGCCAAGAAAGCCAAGAAACCUGCUCUCAUCGCCAAGUCCUCCAUCCUGCUGGAUGUCAAACCUUGGGAUGAUGAAACGGACAUGGCGAAGCUGGAGGAGUGCGUGCGCUCGGUGCAGAUGGACGGACUUCUGUGGGGAGCCUCCAAGCUGGUUCCCGUCGGUUACGGCAUCAAGAAACUGCAGAUCAACUGUGUGGUGGAGGACGACAAAGUCGGCACUGACAUCCUAGAGGAGGAGAUCACCAAGUUCGAGGACUUCGUCCAGAGUGUAGACGUCGCCGCCUUCAACAAGAUCUGAGAGGAUCAUCGGCUGCAGAUCGCUCCACCAAAGUGUCGCCGCUGCUUCUUCCAGCUUCUGCCGUUAAUAAAAAGCUGGUUUCAGAAAUUA